UGCCCAGACAGUAUCAUGGCCUGACACCGUUUGUGACCAUGAAUCACGUACCACGCAUUCACCCUGAUGUUUCCCAAAUCAGGUGUGAGCUGCUUUCACCUGGAGAGCACCCCCCUGGAGCCAGCCCUGCGCUGGGCCCUGGGGAUGACUGUAAUAGGUCAGAUCUGCCUCCGGUUACCCAGGGUCUGGGGUUGGGGAGACAGGCCCAUAAGCAAGUAUAAUAGCCCGUGGCCAACUCCAUGAUAGGGAAGUCUGGGGGCUGUGGGGGCACAGAGGACAUAAGGGCCAGAGAAGGCUUCCUGAGGGGGGUUUCACCAAGCCGAGUCUAAAGGAUGAGUAGGCAGCAGCAAGCAAAGAGGGGAAGAAUGUUCUAGGCCAAAGGUGGUGGGUGUGUAAGGCCUUCAGGGAGGUGGGAGGGAAGCAGGUUGGCAGCUUAGUGUGGCUGCAAGUAGGAGGGGGUGGGAGAAGAGGCUGGUGAGCCUCUGGGGCUGAGGCAUGAAGGGCCUUUGCAUACACUGGGGAUUUUUGGCUGCAAGCCCCGCUGGCUAAUUCCAGCCAAGUUGGGUGUUUUUAGGAAGGGAAUGAUUGCAAGAAGCAGAAACCUUAGAGAAACAAGUUUAUGGGGGUGGGGGUGGGGAAAUGGUGGUGGUGUUUCUUGGCUCACAUAAAUGAAAAGUCCAGGGAUUCUGGCUUCAGGCAUGGUUGGAUCCAGGGCUCAAAUGCUAUCUCUCCAUUUCUUGUCAUUUUUCUCCUGGGGCUGCCAAACUGCUGAAGAUUUACCACUAAGCUGUACUCUGCUUGAGAAUGCAGUCAGCAGAGAGCCAAGGGCAGUGUGAGUUGAGCUCUGUCACUGGCACCAAAGGAGAUGUAGUAGAGCCUUGAAUGCCAUGCCAAGGAACAUGGAGUCUAUCCUGGGGCAAUGGAGUCUUUGAAGGGUUUUGGAGAGGGGAAUGACUGGGCCAGGUUUGUGUUUUAGAAAGGAAGAGACCAGAGACAGGGACUCAGAAGGCUGGUGCAGUUGUCCUUUGGGGAAGGGGAGGAAGAAGGUGAGGGAUUCGAGAAGCGUUGUUAACUUUCUGGUGUUAUCAACUUUUUGGGGGGAUGGCAAAUUCUUCACAGAUUUUAUUUGCUCCUUUUCGAAUCCCCAAGUAAUUGAUUAAACCUGAAUCUAACAGAGAUGAAAAGAGAUUUCCCACUCCAUCCAUUCACACAUGAGGGAAUCGAGGCCCAGAGACAUCAAGUGACUUUCUUGAGGUCAUGCAGGGAUUCAACCAAAGGCCGUUUAGUCCACUCCAAGCGGAGACUGAUGAGAGAGGAUGGGUCCCCAGGCUGGGUGAGCCAUCAAUUCUCGUGAAGACCUAUAUGUGGAGGUCCACUACCCCGCUGAGGGGGCCCCACCAAGUGAGGAUUAGGAGCAGAGGUCAUGGGAGGAGAGGUAUCAUCUUGUCCUCACCAAGGGGGACCAAGGAAACCCUAAAGAAGCUGAUGUGACUCCCCGUCCUUCUCCUCUCCCCAGCCCUGGCCUGGAGCCGAGGAACAGGCUGAGAUGUAUAGGGGGAUUGUGCCCUGUGGCCAGGUGGGUUGGAAGGGGGCCGCCGAGGAGCAGGAAAUAGUUGGGUUUAGGGAAGUCCGCGGGGCCUGGCCAAGCCAAGCGGCAGCGAUCGGCUGGGCAGCCUCGUCGCAGCCCUAUCAAUGCCCCAUUUGAGGCUUAGACAGGGGUCCUUUGACAGGGACUGGGCGGUUUGGACCCACUGAAGGGGCCUGUCUGAGCUGGGUGCUGGAAAGGAGCUGGCCCCAGGAAAAAGGGGGCUAGGCAGGGCCGGCCAGGGUGGUGGGGCGGGGGCUGGGCCAGACAGGCUGUCUCCGACAGGGAAGGGAGUCCGCAAAAUCAGACCUGGGGUCGCCAGCCAAGAACCUCACUCUUCUCCGGGUCUGUGAUCAUACUAGGAAUGGCCCUGUAAACGGAUAGAGACUCGAGUGUGUCAUCUGAGGGAGCCCUCCCGAAGGCCCCCGUGGCAGGGGUUAUUCCUGAGUUCAAGGAGGGGAACAUACUGGCCCCAGUCACCCACAGAUCAAGUUGCAGAGCUGGGGUUUCACUCCUAUAGGCCUGAUUGGAGCCUCAGCUCAUUCCGCUAUACUUCCCGGACAACCUCACCCUUGCUCUAGGGACCCUCCUCCUCAAGAAGCCCUCAUUUCACUCCUGUUGACAUAUUGGGGGAGGUCUUGGGGGCAGCAGGGAGUUUUUAGGUGUUACACGCCCCUGGAGCUAGUCACAGAGCCUGGGAGUUUGGACCAGAAGGGACCUCAGAGGCUGCUGGUUUCAUCCCUUCUGGAUGUGACCUCCUGAUGGAGGCCAUGUCACCUUGGCUUGCACGCCCCCGCUGAUGGGGAACUCCUCCCUUUCAAGACUGUCCCUUCGAUCCUACUAUAGCUCCGACGGUCACCGAGUACUUCCUCCUCCUACUGAGCUGAGGUCUUUUUUUUAAAAAAUGGGUUUUAACCUCUGGCUUUGAGUGUUCCACAUCCACUCCCUAUACCCCAUGGUGGCACACACAAGGGGAGAAUUAUCCAGGGUCCAUCUUAAGUCAUUGGGAGCCAUCUUACAAUCCUGCCUCCCGCAGAUGGUAUAGCAAGGUCUAGAGUGAGGGAGAAGAGUAGAAAAGGGAGAGGGAUGGACAAGGAAAUACAGCACUUUUCAGUUUAAGGAAAGCUGCUUCAGGGUCAAUGUGGGAAGAACUAGGUGCUAACUGAAAUAAAUACAGCCAGGAUGGUUGCCCUCGUAUGUAUGUUCCGUGGCAUUUCGGAAAGCGCACCCUACAGGCCCUCCCCUCUGUGGUGCCUUCAGCAAUGCAGGACAGCGGGGAAGAGCCCCCAAGUGGCGAUCAGCCUGCUGGGAGCAAGGCCUGGCCCUGCUCUAUCACGGAGUGACCGUGGACACCUGAAGAAUGUUCCAGUGUCAAGAUCGUCUUCAUCAGGACAUCCAACCCUGGGAAAGUAUAACCCUGUCCCCUCCUCCUUUUCCAAGAGAUUCCUGAUAGUCUCCCCAGGUUGCACAGUAACUGUCCUGCCACUGUCCUUGCUCUUCACUUGGCCCAUCUGAGGUGCUUUAAAAAACUUUCCCAAAGCCCUCUGGUAGGAAUGUAGCUCCACUGAUGUGUAAAAUUUAGCAACGUGGCCCUGUCAAGGUCAAGGCUGAUCAUGUCUGUGUUGUGAGCCAUGAGUUCUCAGAGGUGGGAUCGGGGAUGCCCUCAGGCGGCAGUCCCCUCUGACAUGCGGACAUGUCUCCAGUCUUUGCCCAGGCAGUUUCUCUGCUUUGAGUGUCCUCCUGCCUUGAAUAUCCUGUCUCACACACGGAGCAGAGGAAGCUACAAGACAAAGGUCCUGUCUGACCAUCUGAGCCACUGGGGCGGCAGCAAAGCUGCCCCUAGGUGGACUGUCUUUAUUUAGACAGGAGUAGGGCCCAGCUGUGGCUUCCUAUGAGUCUGCUGCGCAUGGGAACACUCUUGAUGGCUAAUUAGGGAGGCUUCCUCCUGGACUCUCGGGAGAGGCUGGAAUGUGAGUGCUGGCUCCUGGAGAGCCCAUCUGGUGGGCAGCAGCAAGGGCCCAUGGCCGCAGAGACACACAGGAGCUGCUUCUUACACCACUGUAGAGGGGCUGAUGCCACCCAGAGACCCAAGCCAGGCCCAUUGGUUGGUCCUCCCUGGGAAUUGCUUUUACUAACACUUCGAAAUAUUUCAUUGCAAACUGGAGGCCUUCCCAGGGUGCCUGAUUGGACAGGAAUCUUUGGUUUCCCUGAAAGUCAGGCAUGGGAGCAGUCCCUGACUGAUAGCCAGGAAGAGAACGGAGGCCUUAUUCCUAGAGCCAUUAAGGAACUGAAUUCUACCAACCAUUAUGUGAGCUUGAAAGAGGACCCUGAGCUUCAGAAAGGAAGGUAGCCCAGAUGACACCUUGAUUUCAGCCUCUGAGACCAUGAUCAGAGAAUCCAGCUCCGUUGUGCCCAGACCUCUGACCCACAGAAACAGGGAGGCAGCUUGGAGCCAUCCCCACCCCACCUGAGAUUUCCCGAAUUCCAGCUGCAGCUCCAGUUGCUUCUGCAGGCAAUGGAGCCCUUGUGGUUAGGAGGCGCCUCUGGAGCUCAAGCCAGGGAGCUUCCUCCCUCUCCAGGCACACACACCUCCAUUCAGCCCGGCCCCGCCCCUGGGGGUGGGGGCCAGGGCCGCCUGCCCCCACGUCAGCAGGGGGCCGCCUGGCUGGGAGGCUGGGCAGGCAGCAAGGUUGAUAAGACCAGACCCCCACCGGCCCCCACCACUGUGCCCGCUGCUGUCCGAGCUGCCAGAACCAUGAGGGUCAUCUCUGGAGCUGGCCUUGCGCUCUGUGGCCUGCUGCUGCUGCUCCAGGUCCCAGGGACCCUUGGCCUGGCCCCCCAGUCCAGAGGGAAUCUCUGCCGGACCAGGCCCACGGACCUGGUGUUUGUUGUCGACAGCUCACGCAGUGUGCGGCCCGUGGAGUUUGAGAAGGUGAAGGUGUUCCUGUCCCAGGUCAUUGAGUCUCUGGACGUGGGGCCCAAUGCCACCCGGGUGGGCGUGGUCAACUACGCCAGCUCCGUGAAGCAGGAAUUCCCACUGUGGGCCCACAACUCCAAGGCCGACCUGCUGCAGGCUGUGCGCCGCAUCCAGCCACUGUCCACCGGCACCAUGACGGGCCUGGCCAUCCAGUUCGCUAUCACCAAAGUCUUCAGCGAUGCUGAGGGUAGCCGUGUCCGGUCCCCCGACAUCAGCAAGGUGGUCAUCGUGGUGACCGAUGGGAGGCCCCAGGACAGCGUGCGGGAAGUGUCUGCGCAGGCGCAGGCCAGCGGCAUCGAGCUGUUUGCCAUCGGCGUGGGCCGUGUGGACAAGGCCACGCUGCAGCAGAUCGCCAGCGAGCCGCAGGAUGAGCACGUCGACUACGUGGAGAGCUACAACGUCAUCGAGAAGCUAUCCAAAAAGUUCCAGGAGGCCUUCUGCGUGGUGUCAGACCUAUGUGCCACGGGGGACCAUGACUGUGAGCAGGUGUGCAUCAGCUCCCCGGGCUCCUACACCUGCACCUGCCGCGAGGGCUUCACCCUGAACAGUGAUGGCAAGACCUGCAGUGCCUGUAAUGGUGGUGGUGGCAGCUCAGCCAUCGACUUGGUCUUCCUCAUCGAUGGAUCCAAGAGUGUGAGACCAGAGAAUUUUGAGCUGGUGAAGAAGUUCAUCAACCAGAUCGUGGACACGUUGGACGUGUCAGACAAGUUGGCUCAGGUGGGACUGGUGCAGUACUCGAGCUCUGUGCGCCAGGAGUUCCCACUGGGCCGCUUCCACACCAAGAAAGACAUCAAGGCCGCUGUGCGGAACAUGUCCUACAUGGAGAAGGGCACCAUGACUGGGGCUGCCCUCAAGUACCUCAUUGACAACUCCUUCACUCUGUCCAGUGGGGCUAGGCCUGGUGCCCAGAAGGUGGGCAUUGUCUUCACUGAUGGCCGGAGCCAGGACUACAUUAAUGAUGCUGCCAAGAAGGCCAAGGACCUCGGCUUUAAGAUGUUUGCUGUGGGUGUGGGCAAUGCAGUGGAGGACGAGUUGAGGGAAAUCGCCUCAGAGCCUGUGGCAGAGCACUACUUCUACACAGCCGACUUCAAGACCAUCAACCAGAUUCGCAAGAAAUUGCAGAAUAAGAUCUGUGUGGAGGAGGACCCCUGUGCCUGCGAGUCCAUUGUGAAAUUCCAGGCAGCAGUGGAGGGACUGCUGCAGGCUCUGACCAGGAAGUAUAUCCUCUGCAGGAGGCCCCUGUGGGGACGGGGAGGAGCAGGAGGCGCAGGCACGUGGAGAGGGCAGGGGAGGAUGUCCUCUGUGGUGGGGCUAGAUGGGCUCCUCCUUGCCUGUCUCCUGCUGAAGAAGGUUUGGGAUCUGGCCAGAUAGAUUGGCACCAGCUUUAGUACUGACCCUAUCAAGAGCAGAGACUUCUGGAGGGUGAACACAGAAACUGAGGCAGAAGGUAAGAUCCAGGGCCUGGACAUACACAGAGAGUCCUGGACAUGUUCAGGAACACAUGGGUCCCUGUGGACUCCCAUUUCUCAGGCUCACGGUGACAAUGACUAGUGCAGCCCCCACUCAGAGGUGUGGCUGAGGUGAACAGCUCCCCUGGCCCAGUCAGGACUAGGCGGGGGACCCAGCUACUGCCAGAGCUGGGCAUCAGGGCUCACCGUAACUGGCUGUUCCUUUGGGAGGCACCAUUCUGGAGACAGUGGAUGAGUAAGUUCUGACCGAGGGGAGAACACAGGUUAUAGGGCAGCCUGGGGAGUGGGAGAGGGUUCUGAAAGAGGGGCAAUCUAGGGGAAACAGGAAGCACAUGUACCACUCCCGGCACCGCCCUGCACUGGCCAGCUUGUGCCUCUCCUUGACUCGGGGCCCACUGGAAGCGGUGAGCAAGCGGCUGGCCAUCCUGGAGAACAGAAUCAUCUAAGACCUCCUGCCCCCUCCUGUGGCCUUGCCAUCUCCCUGACCCUGGCGUGGCUCAGAGAGUCCUGCGUGUGUCCUCAAUAGCCCUGACUUUAGUCUAGCUUUGCCAUUUUAGUGUGGGGGGCUCUGGAGGGGCAAGAUCCUGGGACAGGCCUUCCAAGCCUCUGCCAUUGUGUGAGCACCUGGGGACCCUUGGGGAGGGGAGAAGAGUGUGUGUGUGUGUGUGUGUGUGUGUGUGUGUGUGAGCGUGUGUGAGGCUGAGGGUGGGCAUGUAUAUGGGAGGAGAAAUGCGUGUGUAUGAGUGAGAAUGCAGGGAUGAGUGUGAGAGGGAAUGUGUUUGCAUUUUUUUGAUCAAAAGCUUAAUAUAUUCCUAUUUUUUUAGUUAACCCUUUCUUGAAUCCAAGUGCUGUGAAUCUCUUUCCCGAUUUCUCUAUUCCCCUUUGAAAAACAAUUAAAUGUGAUAUAACAUAAGCACUGAAUGGGGCUAGAGGCAGUGUGGUUAUUUGGGGAUGAGGAGAAAGGAUUGGUGAGGUAGGGGUGACGGAGGUAAUGGCAGUGAUGGGAUCAGUGAUGACAGUUGUGGGAAAAGUGAUGGCGACAGUGGUGGGGACAGUGAUGGUGACAGUGGUGGGGACAGUGAUGACAAGGAGGACAUGAAAAACAGCUUAUGUUUAUUCUGCCUUUUCAAUUACAGGUUCAUUUACAUGAUCUCAUUUCAUUAUCUCAGUAACCUUAUGCAGAACAGACUUGUAUCAUUCCCAUUUUACAGAUGGGAAAACUAAGCCUGAGGGAUGAUAUGACUUGCCUAGCGGUGGGCUGGUUGGAGAGAUAGGACUUAAACCAAGGACUGCAGGGGAAAAAAAAAGUCAUCGAGAAGGAGGGCAGUGGCACCAGAUAGGACUUGUUCAUUCAUUCACUCAUUUGUUCAUUCAUUCAUUCAACAAAUACAGAGUGUAUACUCCAUGCGGGCCGUGGGGAGACUGUGGUGUAUUGGACAUAGUCCCUGCCCUUGAGAGACUUACAGUUGAGUAGGGCACCCAGGUCAUCCUCAUCCCAGCUAGAGAAGAAGAGUGGGCCCAGGUUUUGCCAGGGGUUUGUACCUCCUUUUGUCUCCCCCUGUUGGAGUCCUCUCUGCUGUUUCCUUGGGCAUCAGCAGCUUUCACCCCCUUCCCUGACUCAGCUGCAGCCCCCACCUCAGGGACUGCACCAGGGAAAGACUCCUGACCCCAUACUCCCCUCCUCCCAACCCUGCCUCGGGUCUGCUGGCCACACACUGAGACCUCCCCCCACCACCUCUCCCAGGGCCCUCUGGAGAGUGCCCCUCCGCCUUCCCAAUGCCUCGCCUCUCAGAGUGGGCGCUUCCAUGAUUUUCUGAACCCAUCCUUGUUUAAUGGAGCAUUUUUAGUGUUAUUACUAGAUUCACAUUUGAGAACAUGUAAAAGCCUUUCACAAGAAGCUCCGAGCAUCCCAAAGAAUCCUGCUUAGAUGCAGUUGAGGGAGGCAGAAUAACAACACCAACAAUAACCCAAGAACCACAGCAAUACAACAGUACAACUGCACAAGAGAAGCCUAACAAUUACACAACCGUCCCUCUGCCCCCAUGAUUCAACCGCCACUAUGUGCACUUUCCACUGAGCCCUUUCUCUCUGCCAGGUCCUGUGCUAAGGGCAUUUCUGCUGUCUGAGGCGGCUCCUUGUCACACCCGCCUUGUGUGGCUGCUCAGCCCAUACCGCCUUUCUCCUGAAAUUCUCCUCACUCUCCUCCCCUCCUCACACAUGGUGGGAGGAGGGGGCAGGGGGCAGUACCAUGUUGGUGCAGUGUAACUCUGCCUCCUGGCUUCAGGUGAUUGGUCCACAGUGGACACCACACCUGAUCCAAGUUGGGCCAAUCAGCAUCUCUCUCCUGGGGUUUUAGACUUGAGGACCCUAGUUACCUGACUGUGGUGCUAGAGCUGCGAGGUCUCUGUCUUCUUCCAGGUGUGCUAAAAGGCAGAGAUUGGAGGCCUCCAUUCCCAGGAAAGAGCAAAACAGCAUUUACCUGGGUUGCUGGUGGCUUCCCAGUCUAAGGGUGUUUCAGUCAUUUAGUACUGUGUAACAACGAUGCCAAAACAGUGGCUUAAAACGACUUAUUAUUGUCAUGAUUCUGUGGGUUAACUGGGCUCAGAUGGGUGAUUUUCUGCUCCACAUGGUGUUGACUGGGCUGUAGUCAUAUGGUGUUUGACUCCAACCAGGCUCAUUCACAGACUAGUGGUUUGGUGGGGACAGCUGGAAGACUGGGCCCCUCUCUUUCUCCAUGUCAUCUCAGGGCCUCACCCUCUGCACGUGGGCUCUGGACUUUUUACGUAGCAGCUCUGGGCUUCCACAAGCUUCUUAAGGUUAAGGCCUAGAAGUGGCCCAGUGUUACUCUCACUGCAUCCUAUUGUCAAAGCAGUUAUGGGCUGCCCACAUUGAAAGGGCAGGGAGGUAAAUUCCACUUCCUGAUGAGGAGACAGUGAUAAAAAUUUUGUGGCCAUCUUUAAUCCACCACAUGGGGUCAUUCCCUGGUCCCACUCACUGGGUCUGGCUGUACUCCCUGCCCUUGACAUGCACAAGAAACCCAAGAGACCUCAGCAAAGUUAAGCUGGGCUGAGAAUGCCUCUGUUUCAUGCACUGUGAGCACUCAGGCUCAGCUGUCCUCUCACCUGCAUUUCCUUCCGCCCAGGGACCCAGCAUCCAUGUCACACACCCAGUGAGGUGCGGUGACCUAGAGGCUGGCCCUUCUGGGUCAUAUACAGAGCAGCUGACCCCCCCCAGGUGAGCUGGGUUUAAAUCCCCACUUGUAGGGACAGGUGAGAAACUGCUCAUGAUGGUGGCACUGAGGGCCCUGGUUAAUCUUUCCAGUGACCCUAUGAGGUAGCAUUAGUGUCACCCUUUUACAGGUGAUGGGGCUUAUCUGAGUCAGUUGUGGCCUUGGUGUCCCGGUUUUCAUCUCUCAGCCCUGCAAAGUGACCAGAUCAACCUGGGUUCCAGCCCCCACCCCACCCAUCUGCUAACUGAUGGCUUGGCAAUGCCCUUUGCCGCCCUGAGUCUCACAGUCUACAUCCAAGCCUGUGGAAAAGAAAUACAGUACCAACUUCCAGGAGGCUGUAGGAAAAGAAAUACUAAUACUGCGUUCCAGGAGGCUGCGGGGCAUAAAUGAAAUAAUGAAUGGGAAGCACUCAGCCUGGUGCCCCCCGACACUUUGCAUCCAGAGUGGGGCUGGCAUCGCUGCCACCUUCUGGGGGUCGUUUCCUGGCCUCAGGGACAUACCCACCCACCCAUCAGUUUCUUGGCAACUUCCUUGCCCCUGUUUGGUGCUGGCUUCCCUUGAGAUGCUAUUGUCACCUGGCCUCCAGUGACUGUGCUACCCAUGGUGACUUGUGGGCAGACCACCCCAAAUGUGCAGACAGCCCUCUGCAAGUCUUCUGCUCCUCCACAGGGAGCUGGGCCCGCCUGCUCUGUGUUCACUGGUACCUACCCCCCAGCUUCACCAGGAGGCAAAGCAAGAACAGCCUUGUCUCUGCUUUUAGCGGUGCCAUCUGAGUGUGCCAGGGCUCAGGGGCAAGAUGUGUAGGGUGUGUGAGCGUGCAAGCUUGGGGGACAGCCAGCCUAGCUCCACCACUCACUCAGGCAGCAAACAUUUGGCCUACCCCUAAGCCAGGCCCUCUUCCAGGCACUGGGGACGAAACAGAAAAGCAGAUGCAAGUCCCUGUCUUCAUGGAGCUGACAUUCCAGCCCCACUUCCACCACUUGCUGUGUGACCCUGGGCAGUUACUCCAUCUCCCUGUGGGCCUCGCUUCAUCAGUUAAAUGGAGAGAAUGAUGCAGAGGUGAGGAGUGAGCGAGAGGAAAUCCCCAAAGGGCCUGGCCCAUGGUGCCUACUGAAGGACUAAAAGCUGUUAAUGCUUCCCUAUGGAAUAAAACAGAGAAGUGCCAGGGCCACCCGGCAGAGACCAGCCACCAGGCUCUGAAUUUCCUGGAAAUGUUCAUUCAGAGAUGAUAGUGGAGGGCUUAGGAGCCCUGUCUUUGGAGUCACACGUCUCUGGGGAAUCCCCCAGUGUCUUCUUGCCUUGGACCAAGUGCUCUAUUCUGACUUCAGCUUCCUGGACAAACUGGGGCACUAACGCCAUCCUCCUAGAGUGGUCUGGAGGAUUAACCAUGCGUGCUGAGGGCUUUUGGAGAAGUGAGGAGUUUGGCAGUGUGUGACCGUCCUGCAGGGCCCCUGGAGAUGGAUAGUGGUGGGUAUGUAGGGAGUGUGAGGGCUGGAGGGGUUGUCAUGAGUUGGAAUUAACUCUAUGGCAACUAACAACAACAACAAAUCUUUAUGGAAGCAGAUUGCCAGGUCUUUCUUCCUUGGUGCUACCAGGUGGGUUCGAACUGCCAACCUUUAGGUUAGUAGUCAAGCACAAAUUGUUUGUGCUAUCUAGGGACUCAGGGGCUUACCACAAGUUGGAAUUAACUUGAUGGCAAUGGGUUUGGCUUUUAAUCAAGUAGUGGGAAAAUGGGAGGGUGGGAAGGCAUCCCGGAAGAAGUGGAUCUAAGUGUGGGCUGUUUAGGGGCUAGGGAGGGGCAGGGGGUGAAGGGGAAGAGCAUGCUAAGUGGAGGGAACAGCGUGUGAGAGGGCCCCGAGGCAGGAAGGAGUGCGGCCUUGGAGGGCCUGUACCGGGCUCCACAUGGCUGGAGACCAUCAAGGGAGGAGACCCAAGGCAGAUUGACCAGACUCAAGACCAGUACUCAUCAUUUUAAGGGGCCUGGGCUUGAUCCAGAGGGUGGUGGGAAGCCAUUGAAGGGUUUUAAGCAAGGAAGUGACUUGACCACGUUCUCCUAUUACGAAUAGGACUCAAUGCUUUCAGCUCCCACACUCAGAUGGGGUGUAAGGUGGCCUUGGAAGAGGCUGCAACUGGGAUGGACAGGGACCAAACAUCCAUAUCACUCAUCCAAGAAGGUGUGGUGACCUAGAGGCUGGCCCUGCUGUGCCAUGUGCAGUGUGGCUGACCCACCAGGAGGUCUGGGUUUAUAUCCUCAUAUGCAGAGACAGGUGAGAAACUCUCCUGGUGGUGGCACUGAGGGCCCUGGGUAAUCCUUCCAGUGACCUAUGAGGUAGCAUUAGUGUCGCCCAUUUUACAGGUGAUGGAACCUGUCUGAGUAAGUGGAGGAGCUGGGAUCCUUGAGUUUCUCUAAUGCCAAGACUUGUAUCAACAGUAACAAGUACUUGGCUUUGCUGCCAUUGAUAAUGAACGUGAAGCUCUGUGCACAUAGUAGGUGUUCAACAGAUCCCAGGGACCUCUCUCUUUCCCCAAUCCCUUUCCAGGCAGUUAGCAUUGGCCGAGGUUCGACCUGGUCCUGGAGGAGCCUCUAGCUUGGAGCUGGACCUGGACCAGUGCCUGAGGGCAGAUGGAGCUGACCCUAAAAGACCAGACUGUUGGGGGCCAGGCAGGAAGUGAGGGCCCCACCAAGCAGGCUGGGGGUUGGAGAAGGGGCUGAGCAGGGUAACAUAAUCAGAGCCCAGUGCCAGGGACCUGCAAAGGUUAGGGGAAGCCACAACUCGGAUUAGAGCUGGUGGCCUGGGGCUGUGGUUGUGCCUCCUGCCCUGGCCAGGCUCGGCACAGGCCCCAGUCUGGGCUGAGCUGAAGGGGGUUGGGAUCUGGGAUCUCUGGAAUUGAGCCUCCAAAUUUUUCAUGAAAGCAGGAAAUGGAGGGGGUGUUUUACAGGGUCAUUUUGAGUUGGAAUUGACAGCAGCGGGUUGGAGCCCUGGUGGCACAGUGGUUAAGAGCUCGGCUGCUGACCAAAAGAUUGGCAGUUAAAUCCACCAGCUGCUCCUUGGGAACCCUAUGGGGCAGUUCUACUCUGUCCUAUAGGGCUGCUAUGAGUCAGAAUCAACUCUACGGUAAUGGGUUUGGUUUUUGUGCCCAGGACUCAGCUACGUUGGAGGGAGUGGCUUCUUGUUUCCAACAUCCCUGCCCGAGAAAUCCACGGCAUGAAAGAAAGCAAGAUGCAGCUAGUGAAGAAGCAGCUGGUCAAGAGCCCAGGGCCACAAGCUCCACGGCUCGGUGCUGUGGUGGGUUAGGGCUCUUGGCUGCAAGUGACAGAAACUCCACACCAACCAGCUUAAGCACCAGAAGGAAGUUGAUAGGAUCACGCAGCUCAAAGUUCUGGGGGGAGGUGCUGGUCUCAGCAGUGUCAUCAGGCCUCCGCCUCUCUUCAUUCUUGGCUCUGGUCUUUGCCAUGAUGGCUGUAUGCUUGGCCAGACUCUCUCCUUGACAUGGCCCACAGCUCCAUACCCAUACCCUUCAAGCUUCGAGUCCACAAAAUCCAGCCUCAUUGGCUCUGAUGGGUCUUGUACCUACCCCUGAGCAUCACUGUGGCCAGGAGGAUGCAAGACUUGGACUGCCCAUCCCUGGAGCUACAGGUGGAAUCAGCUCCACAAGAUGCCCAAGGACUGAGUAGAUUGAGCACUGGAUGCUCAAGAGGGAAGGGACUGAAACCAGAUGCCCAGGGCCUGGGUGCUGAUGGAUCAUACAGAGGUGGAAGCUCUGUCUGGGAAGAGACCUGCCCUACAUCACGUCCUCCCCUGGAUGUCAUUCUUCCCUGCAUUGGGGGUGCAGGGAGAGGAUUCUUAAAGGACCAUGUCAUAGGGCUCUGAGGAAGGCAGGGGCCAGCAUCUUGGGGUCUUUCAAACCCAAACUGCUGUUGUUAACUCAUCGCAAUUCUGCCCACAUGAAAUCCACCCUCUCCAUACAAUUUCCAAGUCUCUUGAAUCUAGGUUUGAUUAACAGAUGGUUAUAAACAAGUCCCAGAAAGCAGGAAAACCAGCAUCUCCCCAGGGCAGCCAGUCUAUUGGCAGAUGGCAAGUUACUUUGUAACCAGUAUAUAUGUAUUUUAUCUGUGUAUAGAUAAGCAGGACUAAACUAAUUAGGCUUUUGUUUCUUUCUUUCUUCAGGUCCUGGACUACAAUGGGAGUCUCUCGGCCCCACAGUGAAUUGGUUAACAGGUUUCUAGAAGGGGUUUGUGUCUGUAAUUACAGUUCAUUAAUGGAUUUACAAGGGAGGGGAGAUGAAGCGUCCCCGCUAAGGGGAUUGUUUUUCAUUUCUCCUCUUCUAAUUACAUGGUUUUUCUCCUGGACCACUGCUCUGU